AUGGCGGAAAUAGAGGUUGUUCAUCACAUGAAGGCUAAAACUAAAGGUAAGGUUGGCGACAUUGCUUUAAAACUUGACAUUAGUAAAGCUUAUGACAAGAUCGAUUGGAAUUACUUGAGGGAGGUUCUCACUACCAUGGGGUUCAGCCAAAGAUGGGUAAAGUGGAUUAUGCUUUGUGUGGAAACAGUUGAUUACUCUGUGAACUUGGACAGUAAUAAAGUUGGGCCAAUCAUCACGGGUAGAGGCUUGAGGCAAGGGGAUCCCCUAUCUUUGUAUCUUUUUAUCAUUUGUUAUGAAGAUGAUUGUUUUAUGUUAUUCAAAAUUGUUCAAAAGGAAGCUAUCGAGAUUAAAAAUAUCCUAGCCACUUAUGAAGAGGCUUCUGGACAAUCUAUCAACUUACAAAAAUUUGAGCUCUUCCGUAGCAGGAACGUUUCUACGAAUAUUAAAAAUAUGUUGGCUGAUACUUUAGGGGUUCAACAAGUGUUAGGGACGGGUAAGUACCUCGAUGUUCCAUCUAUGAUUGACAGAAGUAGGAAAGCAACUUUCAAGUAUAUCAAAGACAGAGUUUGGCAAAAGAUCAACUCCUGGAGUAGCAGAAGUCUUUCUUAA